AUGUUGGACGGGCGGAUUCAGAACUCCGAGGUCGUUGUGGUGGUGAGCAAUCGCGUCGAGUGCGGCGCGGUCAGCUACGCCAAGGACCACGGCAUUCCCACCACGGUCUACCCCUGCACCAAGUCCGGCAAGGGCAUGGACGACGACGAGCUGCUGGCGGACCUGAAGGAGCGCGAGAUCGACGCGAUCGUCCUGGCGGGCUACAUGAAGAUGAUACCGCCCAACGUUGUGCGGGCCUUCCCCCGCAGGAUCCUCAACAUACACCCCGCGCUGCUCCCCUCCUUCGGCGGCAAGGGCAUGUACGGGAUGAACGUGCACCGCGCCGUGGUCGCGAUGGGCGCGCGCUUCAGCGGACCGACGGUGCACUUCGUGGACGAGAUCUACGACCACGGCCCUAUCCUGGCUCAGGCGGUGGUGGCGGUGUCUCCGACCGACUCCCCCGAGCAGGUGGCGGCAAAGGUGCUGAAGGAGGAGCACAGGUUGUACCCCGAGGCGGUGGCGGCGCUGUGCGAGGGGCGGAUCACGUGGCGCGAGGACGGGAUCCCGAUCAUGUGGACGCCGCGGUGA